AUGGCCCAGCAAGCCCGCGCACCAGCCGAAGAAGAACAACCGGGCCCCACCACCCACCCACGUCGAAGCAGCAGACUACGGCAAAUCCGCAACCCAAGCCAUGCACCGACAUCAGGUGCCACGAACCAGACUACAAACUUGUCUGGGACCGAGUUUGCAAGCUCGGCAUCCACACAGGCCACGAGUGAGCAAUCGCACCGUCCUCAGCAGGGCUCCGCUCCUGGUCGGUGUCGCCGCGCGUGUGCCGAGUCUGCCGCACGGCCGGGCCAUGUGGUUCCGUUUCAUCGUGCCAUGACGCCGGAUACGGCCCCACAGCAGCGACGCAAGCCGGCAGUCUAUAUCCCGGCUGUGCCGGAGGAGCAGAUCCCUAGCCAUGUUGACUUUGUCAACGACCCGGCGCACAAGUUCUGGACCUGGAGCCGGGAGAAGCAGGGUUGGUUCCACGAAGACGAGGAGGCCGGCAAAGUCAUCUGGGCGCCGACGGAGCUUGAUUAA